AUGGAGGGCGAGCAGCUGAGCAUGGAGGACUUCCGGUCGCAUUUCAUUCCUUUUUUCCAUUCCUACCCAUAUUCGGCACAAAUCUCGGCCUCCAUUAUAACUGAGGGACGCUUGUUUGUGUCCGCCCGUUCCUUCAAACAAUUAUUUAUCGACGAUCGGAACUAAAUUACUUUUUCUCAAUCUUCGCAACAGAAUUCCGGAAUAGUACUAUUCGCAAAGCUUUCGUCUAGUGCGUUCAAAAUUCUCACGAAAGAUGAAAGUCUUGAAUCAAAGAGUUACUUUCCGAGUGAUUCCCGAAAAUUUCGAACAAACUUGACCAGAGAUCUUACUCGAAGGGUGAAAAUAAAAUCUAUGUCAAAACUUAUUUUUAAAACAGUUCAAAGAGGAGGUUUAUAAUUUCAAUAACACUUUGGAUUUGAAGUUUUUGAUCCAAGUCCUCUAUUUUCCCUUUUUAUUCUUCAAGGAGCUUUUUUGUUUUACCCAAGCGAUCUAAUCUAGGUUUAUUUGAAUGUGAAAAACUUCAAUUAAAAACUGGAAAAACAUUUUGUCUCGACAAAAAAGUCAUACCGCUUGUAUCGUUAUUUGAGACCCAAUAACAUCAAAAAAAAACCCAUUUUUCCAAUAACCUGAUCGGUAUGACGUCAAAUUAUAUUGGGUGCCUUCGUAGGAGUGAUAAGGAAAUCGAUCGACUCACUCUCACCACAAUGUAGCUACUUUCUAUUGUUCCUCUCUUCUGUCCUCAAUAUUUAUUUAUAAUCGAAAUUCCCAUUUUAGUUUCUUAAUGUAUUAAGAUCUUGCUUAAUGAAGAUGUUUGUCCAGAGAGGAAUUUGAAGUUUCUCUUCAGAAAAUCCAAUUGUCCCCAAUUUCCGGAGCUUCAUUGUAAGUUCAGUAAAGUCUCCAUUUUUUUCUAUUUCAUUAUGUAUAUUUGUUCGCAAAAAAAUAUAGAAAAAUAGAGAAAUUUUGGCUCAGGUCUCAUUAUUUUUAUUUCUUUCAACUGAUUAUUAAUUCCCAAAAAAAGAAAAUGAAUAAAAGGAGAAAUUAGAGAAUUUUGACUUUUUUGAUUAUUUUGGACUUUCAUCAACCUUGAUUGCAAGAAUUUUCUAACGAUCCAACAAAGAUUUAGUUGAAAAUGAAGUCGAUGGUGGAGGGUCAGUGUGGGCAACAGAAUGCUCUCGUCGGCUUGGCCAACGCCUAUGGAACUUCUAAUCAAAGAGUUGGACCUUCUGUCGGUGAGUUGAGAGCAAUCAGAAGUUGUUAAUGGAUAUUACUCCGAUUUUAGCACCUUCAUCUUUGGUCCCAACGUCUCUGGGAGAACAAAUGGCGUCGGAGUUCUUGCAGCAGAAAGGGCGAACUCAGGCGCCCGCAAGCUUCAGUCUCAAAGUCUGUCCUCUCAAGAUUUUUGUGUCUCUUUAACAAUCAGUCAACAGUUAAAAAUUGAAUCUUUUCAUCAUUUUUCUUUCUUCAGUCUUUGUCUCAAACACUUCCGCAGUCGUCCUCCUCAAAACUUGCCAACCAAUGGACCUCCGAAUAUCAGCCGCGCCAAAAUCAGGUUCAUUAUUUCUUUGAUAAAAACUUCUUUAUGGUUUCAGUGAAUAUGGUUUCACAACAUGUGUUCUUCUAGUUUUUGCAAUGUUCGACUGAAACAGCGAACCCAUGCCAUGUUAAAGUUGAAAAAUUGUUCGAAUUUAUUCUCGGGUUGAUAGAUGAAUACAAUCGCAUAGAAAUCAGUUGCAAAAUUGUUACUCUUUGUCUAAUACGAAUAACUGCAGUAGGAUGGAAUAGGCACACACUUUUGCACAACACGAGCAGGACUUUCAGCUUGCGACAAGAUGGGCACAACAAUACACAGCAGCAAUGCCGUCGACUUACGACUCGGCGUGGCAAGCUGCCAAACCGACACACCAGGAACCGCUGCACAGCCAGAGGUUUCUUUUGACUAUGAACAAAAAGUUAUAGACUUUAUUUUUUUCAUUUCAGUGGGUCGAUUGACAGCGGAAUGUGGUCUGCCGAGUUUCUGGAUACUGUUGAAACUAACCUUCAGCAGGUUUUAUUUUGGAAUUUGAUGAAAAAAUACAGAGAUUCCAGGGAUCUUCAAGCUGGGCUGAUGAGUUUCUGGAGGCUCCGGAACCGAAUAUGUUUCGCCACAACGAUGAGACAUACGAGCAAGUCUGGAAAGACGUUCAAAAUAGAGUAAGGAUUUUGGAGAACUUCUCAAUUUCUUGCUGACUUAUAGAUGAACGAAGUUAACUUGGUUGAAGGUCAAUCUAAUCCAGAAUAUCUUCCUCAGGUGAUUUUUUUUUUCGAAAUUUUUCCAAAUCUGUUUAUCUAGCUGCAAGGAAAAUCAAGUUUGCUUAUAUUUUUUUCAAAAGUUUUUUUAUAGAUAGCUCUCGAAUUUCAUAGUACUACAACGAAUGCGUUUUUGAGAUUUUUUCAAAACUAUUCCUUAAGUUCAUCGAACUCAAUUCGUUCUCGUACUUUCCGAUUUGUCAAAUUUCCGUUGAAAUUACUUCAAACUGUAUGAAUUUUUAGGAAACUAACCCUUUUAUGAGCUACGAUAAUCCGCUGGCCGAGGGCGACGUUCUGAUGCAGCGCGGGGACAUUGGCAACGCGGUUUUGGCCUACGAGGCGGCGGUCCAGAAGGAGCCCCAGGACGCCCAGGCAUGGUGUCGUCUGGGGCUGUCGCACGCCGAAAACGAACGCGACGCCAAGGCCAUUCUCGCCUUCCAGAAGUCUCUUGCCAUUCAGCCUUCCAACAAGGAGGUUCAUACGUUUUAAGUUUGGAGUUCUUUAUCAAAAAAAAAUUGAUGUUCUGAGUUAAUUGGAGUCUUAAAGGCACAUAUGUUGGGUUCUAUGAUGAAAGGGAUGAAGUUAGCCAUUAGAACGUUGGAAUAGCUGAAGUCUAACAUUUUCAAAAGUUACAGCUCCCUAAUUACAUAAAAUCUCUUUUCAGGCACUUCUUGCCCUUUCCGUCUCUCUAGCCAACGAAGGAAUGGAGAACGAGGCGCUGUUCAACUUGGAGAAAUGGCUUACAGCCUUUGAGGUUUGCAGAACUUCAGAAAUUCUCCAAUUAUUUCCGUUCAGGGCGGCGAUGCUGAAGCUCUUCAGAGCCGUCCUGGUUCUUUCUCGAGCUUCCUGGACCACGACGCUUUUGCUGCCGUCGAGUCUCGGUUUCUAACCGCCGCCAGACAACAAGGAGCCACUCCGGACCCUGAUCUACAGGUUGCCACCAUUUCCCUGAAUAUAAUAGAUGCCGGUUUGAGAAUUCUUUGGGAGUGUUGUACAACUUGAAUCGAAACUACGAGCGAGCCGUUGAGUCCAUAAAACUUGCCAUCGCAAGCCGAUCUGACGUGGGACUUUUUUUCUCAUUUUUCAAAUAAAAUUCAAGCUAACAAUAUCAGCUACACUUUGAAUUUAUCUAACUUCAACUUGAAUUCCUCCGUCGCAUAUACUUUUUUUUGUAAAUUCAAAAAUUUUAUUUUUUUUAAAAUCAAGGUUAGGAUUUCUGAUUUCGGCUAUUUCAAGAUCAAGACAAAGAGCUUUCAUUUUUUUUUUUUUGCAAAAAAUACUUUUUCGCCUUUAUUGUUUGCUAAACUUAAAACGCGUUUUCAAAAAACCUUGUAAAAAACUGGAACCAGAAUUUUUUAUUGUUUUUUUAAAAAUUUCAACAGUCUGCAAGUCUUCUGAGUGGAAUAUUUUAGACAGGAAGUUGAGGGGACAAAAAGAAACACUUUUUUGAAGGAUGCCCGGCUGUGGAACCGUCUGGGAGCGACUUUGGCCAACGGGGACAGGACCGCCGAGGCGAUUUCCGCCUACCGCGAAGCCCUCCGCAGAUAUCCGACCUACGUCCGGGCUCGCUACAACCUCGGCAUCAGCUGCAUGCAACUCUCCACUUAUCGGUAUCGAUCAAUAAGUGAACUUUUAUCAAAAACGGGUAGAUAUAGAAAAUUUUUAUAAAUAAACCGCUUCUGAGAAGGAAGGAUGGAAGUUUUCUGAUAUUCAGACUGUUAAGAAUGCGGUUCAUUUAUUUUUUAAUCAAUUGAUUUUUUUUUUCAAGUCUAAAAACAGAAAAAAAAGGGAUGAAUUAUGGAUUUUUUUUUGUAAAAAUGGGCAGUACUACUAUUAAUUGAAAACUUAUUUAAAAUUUCUAGUUGAACUCGGAAAUUUUCGAAAGUUUGUUUUUAAAGUUUCGCUGAGCAUUCAGAGGCGUCAAACCUUAACUCCAAGGGCCAAAAAAAAGUUGUUUGUCUGAUUUUUUUCAACGGCGAAAGGUCAAACUUCCUGUAUCUAGAGCAUGUCAUUAACCUGACAUAUGAUUUUUUUUUUCAGUGCGCAAAAAUUUUUCAAAAUAUUAUAACAAAUGAAGAAAAACCGUAUAAUUUUCGGAAAGUAUUUAGAUUAGAGAAAUUAAAUUUUUCAACUCUAAAUUUGAUCAAUGAGCGGGUGUCUUGUUACGGGAAAGUUCGGAAAGAUUGUGUGUGAGUCACAAGUUUUAUGAAGUCCACGUGACAGCCUCCGCAGCUCGAAACGAAUACUUUGGCUUUGAAUCUAAAAAAAGCAUCUCAGAGAAGCCCUCGAACACUUUGCGUCUGCGUUAGAACUCCAAAAAGGCGGAAACGAAGAAUCAGGCAUCUGGAGCACGAUGAGGUCGGUCCUCUGUCUGGUGCAAGGAGUAAAUUUCCUGGUUUAGGUCGGCGUCAAUCCGAGUUCACGAUGCGCCGGAAUCUCUGCGGACGGCCAUCGAAAACCGCGAUUUGAACGCUCUCAGAGAAUCUCUCCGAAGAUUACCCGGUUAA